AUGGCAAAGUCUUGGACACAUUUGAUCCGGUUCAUUGCCCGGGAAGAUGGUCAGGUACAUCUGGGGCAAGUCAACACAGAGAAGUUUCCUGAUGUUGGUCUGGCCACUUUAGAUGACGAGGAAAUACCUGUGAAACUUAUCAGUGGCACCAUCUUUGACGGUGUUGUGACGGACAAGGUUGUCCAUGUGGGAUCGCUUCUUUCCCCGAUUAGCAUUGAUGAGGUUCCUAUCAUUCGAUGCAUGGGACUCAACUAUGCUGACCACGCAAAAGAGGCCAAGAUCCCGAUUCCAGAGGUCCCGAUUCUACUCAUCAAGCCACGAACUUCGCUGAAUGGGCCAUUUCCAGCGAAGAUCCCAGUUUCAGAGCUCGCGCAGGAUGGAUCAAGUGACUACGAGGCUGAAUUGGCCCUGAUCCUUGGCAAGACUGGGAGAAAUAUCCCCGAGGACAGAGCUUGGGAAUAUGUACUGGGAUAUACAGCAAGCAACGAUGUUAGUGCUAGAAAGCAGCAGCUUAAAACUCCGCAGUGGAGUUUCUCGAAAGGUUUCGAUGGCUCGUGUCCCCUUGGACCUGUCUUGGUGUCCCCAUCUGCGCUCGGGGAUCCGCACGCCCUCCAAAUGAAAGCUAUCUAUAAUGAUUUUGGGUUUCAGGAAGCCGGCCGGACCGCGGAUAAGAUCUUCUACACAGGAUAUGGUGUACAGCCUGUAUUAUAUGUGGCAGAGCAAUGCAAGGAUAAACCUAGCCUGGUUGGAAUUUUUUUCGCAGCCGCAUCCUUCAAUGAUUUGGAAAAAGCUACAAAGAUACCUGGCGCUGAACCGAUGGAGGAUUUGGAUACACCAGGAGGCGGAAAGGUGGUUCGUAUUACCGAUCCAAAUGGACAGCCUUUUGGCGUCGUCUACGGCAGCCAAAAGAAAGACUACAAUCCUCCACCCACCCACGUUCUGCCAUUGAACCAUCCUGCAAGAACAGAUGAAGACACAAUUGCGAAACCACGCCGAGGAAAAUAUCAACGAAUACCAUUCGGACCCGUUGCUUGUCACAAGCUGGGUCACAUGGGAUUCUGGUCUCCCGAUCUGGAAAAGGCAAUGGAAUUUUAUCUGACCCAUUUCAACUUCAAGCCUUCUGAUGUCAUGCUAUCAGGAGAGUCUUUGGAGAGCGCACCGAGUCAGACAUUUCUCCAUAUUGAUUUGGGACAGAACUACUCCGACCAUCACGCCCUCAUUUUGGGCCAAGCAGAUAGGUUCAGUCCGCCAGGUCCACAUCAUUGUUCAUUUGAAGUGGAAAGCAUAGAUAAAACAUUCGUUGGGCAUGACUACCUUAUGUCAAAGAAAUACACUCAUGCCUGGGGAAUUGGACGCCAUACUGAGGGCAGUCAAGUGUUUGACUACUGGUUCAAUGUCGAUGGUUUCUUGAUUGAGCACUAUGCUGACGGAGACAUGGUCAAUGAAGAUGACCCGUUCAAUUGGAAGCCGAAGAGAACCAAAUUCAACGUUUGGGGACCUGAAUUUCCAUCAGUGUCGCCACCAGCUUAA